GGAAGGUCAAUAUUUCAUCUCCACUAUCUGAUGUGAAUUUCUAGAAUGCAGAUAUAUGGAAAUGACCAUACAUUGGGUUUUGUUACUGGUGGGUCUGCUCAUGUGCAAAUGCAAUUUAGCACCAAAGAGUGUGAGAGUCUGGGAUUAACUGAUCUGGCUCUCUGCUUAGACUGCAACACCUUUGCUGAGUAUGUCAAGGACCAAGAUUCGUGUCAGAAUGUCGUCAGUUUAAGUUGGUUAGACUAUGUUCGUGAUUUGGAUGCCAUGAGUCAGUAUAGUUGGGGAUCUGCAACUUUGGCGUGUUUAUACUCACGAUUGUGCCAUGCAUCACCUUUGGGCGUGGGAGCGGAUUCCCGUGAUUCGUUCUGA